CGCGCCGCUCAGUGUCAUCGCCGCCGCCUCGGAGCCGCUUCCCUUCCCCUCUCCUCUCCUCCCGCAGAUACUGCAGUAAACAUCUGAGCAGCCAUGGAACUGUAUGACUCUCAGUACCUCCUCAUUAUCAUCCCUUGUGUGGUCAUUGCUGUAAUUUUCCUAUUCUUCUGGCUGUUUAUGAAAGAGACUUCGUAUGAUGAAGUUCUCGCUAAACAAAAGCGCGAUGUGAAACCCAUACCUGCAAAAGUUGACAAGAAGAAAAGCGAGAAGAAAAAGAACAAAAAGAAAGAGAACCCAAAUGGAAACUUGCAUGAGUCCGAUUCAGAAAGUGCAGUGCGAGACAUGGACUUAAUGGAUGUCUUAGGACCUGAUGAAGAACCUCCGGUUCAGAUCCUGUCACCUGUAGUUGAAACUUCAUCUGGAUUAAAAGAAAGGAAGAAGAAGGACAAGAAAUCAGCCAGGUCUGUACAUGACGAGACUGCAGGGAAGGAUACUGAAGGAUUAAAAGUUGUGGGAAAGAGGAUGGAACUCCCAGUUUCCAAGCAGCUCACUCCUCCGGAUGUUCAAAGUUCAAAGAGAAAGUCUGGACACAAGAAGCAGAAAAAUGGCACAGAUGAUGCUCAGGAUGUACGCAAUGCUUAUAUCAAAGAACACACUGAAUCUCUUCAAAACGUUACGAAAAAGCAAGAUCCAGUGGAAACAAAACUGCACGAAAGUGCACCAGGAAAACCUGCAAGAAAAAUUCCUCCCAAAAAACAAAAAUCCGAAGCGGCUCCAGCUGUCAUUGAGGAGGUCUUGAUCAAGUCUGCAGUUUACGUUGCUUUGAUGGAUAAUGCUGAGGCUAGUGCCUCUGGAGAAAAGAAGGAUCCUGUUGACGUUGACAAAUCCCAGAUGAUCAAUAGUGGUGUGCAGAAAGCGAAUGCCAAGAAACAGAGGAACGAAUAUGAUAGAGAAAACGCUGAUAUAAAAUUCAAAGACUUCAUCUCCUCUUUGAAAAUUAUGACAUUCAAUGCAGAGGAAGCUAUUUCUGUUGCUGAGAUACUGAGAGAGAAGCCUGUGCUACAAGACGUUUGGCAGAAACUUGGAGGAAAAUCUGAUCUAGUUACUUCACUGCAGCAUCAGUUGCAAGAAAAAGAUAAGCUACUUCGAGCUUUUCAAGAGGAGUCUGCUCUUUCAAAUGAGAAGUGCAAACAGUUCAGCCAGGAGUUGGUGACUGAAAAGCAGAAAGCCAGUGUUAUUGAGACCAAACUAAGGGAACAGCGCUCUGCUCUUGAGAAAGAGCUUGGAGCUCUGCAGAACAAACUGCAAGUCAGCUACCAGGAUCAUAUGAAUGAAACUCAAAUGCAGUUUCGCCAGCUUCAAGAACAGAUUGAGGCAUUACAACAAGAGAACCGCAUCCUGAGAGAUGCUGUGAGCAAGGCUCCCACCCAAUUGGAGAACAAACAGUCAACAGAGUUGAACAAACUGCGACAGGACUACGCCAGAUUAAUGAAUGAAUUUACGGAGAAAACUAACCGGCUUCAGCAGGAAGAGGUGCAGAAAAAGAAUCUGGAGGUUUCCUACGAGCAGACUGUUGAACAACUGAAGGCCCAACUGCAGGAGGAGGUUGAAAGGAGACAAGAAGAUAUGCAGAAGUAUCUCAGGAACAUAACUACAGAACAUGAGAAAAGACUAGUAGAAGUCCAAGCAGCAAAGCAAGAUUUGCAAAGCAAACUGCUGGUUGCAGAAAACGAGAUUGGGAACAAAAACAAGGAAGUACAGAGCUUGCACAGCAAGUUGACAGACAACCUGGUGUCCAAACAACAACUGGAAGAAAAAGUAGUGCUGCUGCUGGAUGCAGAGCAAAAGCGAGCGAAUACAGAUGAUGUCUUGAAGUUGCAGGCACAGGAACUUUUGGAACAGAAAGGAACCAUGAAUGCACAGAUGCAAAAUCUUCAUGCACAAUUGGCAUCACAGGCAUCUGCGGUGUGUCUAGUGGAAGACUUGCAUCAAACGAUUGCAGAAAGAGAAAACAAGUUGAAGAGAAUGGAAGAAUCUUUGGAAAGUGAACGUAUUAAAGUCGCAAACCAGGAACAGGAAUUCCAGAAUCUACAGAAAGCGAACAGAACUUUGACAAAUGAAAUACAAAAGCUGCAGGCUCAAACAUCUGAACAGGCUUCAGCUUUAUAUAUGGUGGAACAGAUGCAGAAAAGUAUUGAAGACCGGGAUGAAAAAAUAAAAACAGUUGAAGAACUCCUAGAAACCGGACUUAUUCAAGUGGCAAACAAGGGCGAGGAAAUCGAGGCCUUGGAUAAAGAAAAUAGGAUUUUAAAGCAAAGGAUUCUAGCGCUUGAAAUUGAAAAGGCUGCACAGGUUUCUUCUUCAUCACUGAUGGCAGAUCUUCAUCAAACCAUUGAUGAGCAGAAUAAACAGAUUCAGUCAGCUAAAGAAUUGUUGGAAGCCGAGAACAUUAAAAUGGAAAUCAAUGAGAGAGAAAUCCAGGCUUUAAAGGAGGAUAAUGAGAUGCUUAAACAGGAAGGACAGGAGGCGCAGUUUCAGAAAACUGAAUUGGUUUCCACUGCAUCAAAACUGGAACAAGCUGAGAAUAUAAUUAGAAAAAAAGAGCAAGAAGUUAAUUCUUUGAAAGACUCGUUGUCUGAGAGUGCACAAGCACUUUCAAACAAGGCAACUAAAAUACAGGACCUUGAGGAACGAAAUGAGAAGGUGAUACUACAAAUUACUGAAUUACGGUAUCAAAUGGAGAGCCAGGUCUCACUGGCGGAAGAACUGCAAGAAACUGUUUUUGAGCAGGAAAGAAAAAUCAAUAAUGUUGAAGGCCAAUUGGAAGUGGAAUUGUCUGAAGUUGUAAACCAUCAACAAACAAUUAAGGCAUUGCAAGAAGAAAUUGAGACACUCCAGAAGAAAGUUCAAAUUGCUCAGCAUCAGAAAGCUGAUCAGAUUUCUGCUGAAUCAAAUGUGAAAGAGCUUGAGAAUAUGAUUGGGAAGAAAGAAAAAGAAGUUUACUCUUUGAAGGUUGCUCUGGAAGAUAGUAGUAAAGAAUCCACUGGCAUUGUGAGCGAAAUGCAGAGUGUGGCCCAUGAAAACACAAUAUUGAAAAUUGAGAUUCAGGAGUUGCACAAUAAAGUUGCAGAGCAGGAAGGUGAACUUCUCAAGAGUGAACUUCUACUGAAUGUAUUGGGCGAUAAGGAUCAAGAGCUAACUACUUUGCAGCAAAAUAAUGAAUCACUAAAAGCAGAUGUUGAACAUCAAAGGAAGAAAAACAAUGAACUUCGGGAGAAAAACUGGAAAGCAAUGGAAGCAUUGACAUCAACUGAAAAACUGUUGCAGGAUAAAGUGAACAAGACAGCCAAGGAGAGCAGUCAGCAAGUUGCCGCCCUCCGGUCAGAGACAAAAGAAAUGCUGCGAAAGCUGUUUCCAAGGGUGUCUGUGUCGUCCAACUUGGAUUAUUCUGAUUGGAUGGAGGCAUUCGAACGUCAGGCACAUAAGGCUUUAUCUGAGAAGCACAAAGAAGGAAAAAUGGUUACAGAGCACAAGCUGAAGGAGAAUGAGGAGAUGUUGCAGUUGGAAUGUGAGAAAUACAAGAUGGUACUUGCAGAAACGGAGGGAAUCUUGCAGAGGCUGCAAGACAGUGUGGAAGAGGAGGAGGGUAAAUGGAAGAUAAAACUGGAUGAUUCCCAGAGAGAGUUGUUGCAGAUGAAGUUGAGAAUAACUUCUUUGGAGGAUGAAUUGCAGAAGGUGAAGCGGGAAGGCCGAGAAGCAGAAAACCUUAUAAAACGCCGAGAUUAUCUUACUUCUGAGCUGGAAAAGGUGGAAUCGGAAAGAGCCACUUAUGUAACGGAGGUCCGAGAACUGAAAGUUCUGCUGACUGAAUUGCAGAAAAAACUUGAUGAUUCAUGUGCUGAAGCAAUAAAGCAGAACGAAGAACUAAAUUUGCUUAAAACUCAGUUAAGUGAAACAUUAACAAAACUAAAAACUGAGCAGCUUGAGACACAGAAGGUGGUUUCGAAUUUACAGCAGGCUCAAGAGUCCUUGAACACUAUUCAAGCAGAAAUAGCAAAAUCGAUAGAAGAUGGCAGUGUCGUAGAAAAUAGUGAAAUUUCAGACGUAAAGGAGCAGCUAGAAACAAAGGAGAAGAUAACUUUGAACCUUAAUCAGGAUGUAAUUCACCUACAGCAGUUACUACAAACUCUCCUUCAACAGCUUUCAAAAGGGAGGGAGAGCUCUCAAAAUGUAAUCGUACAACUUGAAGAAAAGGCGACUAGAGUGCUGAAAGGAGGGACUUCUGUUUGAGAUGGCGCUAUGAUUUGCACCGUGAUUUGCCAAAUUAAAGCCUUAUUUAUGUUUUUCACCCUUCCUAAUUGUCAAACACUGAAUAGAGCUUUACUUUUUUUAAAAAACACACAAAUCUUGGAUUAAACUACUGAAUUCAAAAAUACUGUAGGGCAGCUGGAGAGUUUUUAGUUUUGUAAAACAUGAUAUCAAAUCUGUACAUUCCUGAAGCACUUAGGUUAAAUUUAAACAUUUGCUAAACACCAAUGUUGACUACCAGCAGAUAACGUAACAUGGGGAGGAGGGGGAAACCAGGUGAUGAAGAGACUUGUUCUUACAGCUCAUUUAAUUUCUUGAUUUCAAAGUGAAAACUUUCAGGGCUAGCUGCCUCUGACUUUCAGCUUCAAACACUCUGUUUUGUCGCUAGCUUAAUAAAUCGGUUGAAUUUUGUAAAGGUGACACUGAAUAAAGGGAUGCUUGUUUCUAAAGUUAAUGGACUGAAGUUUCAUUCGGUUACACUAUCACCCUUGCCCAGCGUUUUAACUGUAGUGUGGCCAUAAAUGAAAUGUUAAUGUAGACACCAAUAUGUCAAAUGGUUUCUAUACGUGUUUUUUUUCAGGUUUGCACACUAACCCUCUAAACUACAUGUUAGUGGCAGAUAUCUAGCUCUUGCUACCUCCCACCUUUUGUGUAAACAGUGGGCUUGAACGAUGCAUUUGAGCAUUCAUUGGCUUACGUGCCCAAACGACUAGUUUGAGAUGGUUUAGUACAAAUGGGUGAAUCGUUCGGAUUGAUGCUGCUUUGAUCUUUUUACUGUUUUCUUUCUGAUUAGAAUUAGAAUUAUUUACAUUUAAGAAAAUGCCGUUUUAAAACAAAACUUAGACUGUAAAUAAAUCCUCUAUGUAUAAAAAAAGGGAAAAAUAAAAAAAUAACUACAUCC